AUGCUUAUAUAUUUGUCUCCAGGUACCAAAAAGAAAAAAGUUCGUGGUCCCACCGAACUCAAGCAUAUUCAUGCUUUGGAGACACAAAUAGAGUUAACAUGGUUCAAUGACAAACCCAUAGGCCCAACAAAAAUACAGGUUCAAUUGUUUAGUCGGUUCUUGGGAACACUUGCAAGAAACUCUAAUUUGGUCACGUUGUUAUAUACUAAUUGGCAAGCUGUGUCCAGUGAGACUAAAACUUCAAUGUUGGAUUAUGCAAAGUCUAAAUAUAACAUUUCUAGUGAUGCUGAGCCUUGGGUGAUAGAUACCAUUGGAGAGGCAUGGAAGCAAUUUAAGAAACGCAUAAAGAAAUAUCAUUAUACACCGUACAACUCAUUUAGAGAGACGAUGACAAUGACUGUACCUGAACUGCAUUUUCGAAAAUUAGUUCAAUUUUGGAGGCUUGAUAUCAUCAAAGUUAUUUCUGACAAAAAUCGUGAAAACAGAUCCAAGCAAAAAUUGAAUCAUCAAAUGGGUCCAGUUAGUUUUGAAUUAGUAUGCGCUGAAUUGCGUGCAAAGAAGGAGGACAAUGAAGAUCCAUCACAAUCUGAGAUGUUUGUUGUAACUCGUAUGAGCAAAAAAGGAGAGACUAAUUCGAGAACACAAGAGACAAUUAAACAUCUUAAAAAUUUGAAAGAAGCAGGAUACAAUCAUGAUGAAGCAGUUCAAACAGUUUUCAAAAAGGAGAGACAUGGUAGAGUUCGUUUCUAUAGUCGAUUAGUCACAAAAUCCUCUCUUAAAAAGGAGAAGGAAAUCCGACAAAUUCAACAACAACAUAAUGAAGUGGUUUCAACUAUGGAGAAAAAUCAAAACAACUUAACUUCCAAGUUAGAUGGUUUAACAAACUUAAUUAAAACGUUGUUGCAACAAGUCAAUCCUGGUAUGAGUGCAGAACAAGUGCAAGUAAUGAUAGAAGCCGCCCAACAAUCUCCGCCUGACGCGAGUUGUGCACCAAAUGAUGCGCGGCGAAGCAUUCCUCCUUCACUUGGAUCGAACCAUGUAUCAAAAGAUAUGGAAGAAGACAUGAUGUGA